UAAAGCGUUUGUGUGUAAAUUUUACUGUGCAAAAAUAAAUAAACUGCUUACGGUAUUCGUAGAUCUGUUUUACUGUGAAUAGCAAUGGCUAUUGUAGAGGACGAGAUUCGCAACGAGUCGGAGGAGGAGAACGAGAUAGAGGUUGUGGUGGAAGAGGAUGACGCAGACCAAGACUCGGACGAGUCCGAUGAUGAUGAUGAUGAGGAGGUGUUGGAGAGAAAAGUUGCAGAACUUGAACAAAGGAUUACCGAGGAUCCCUACAACUAUGAUGAGCAUAUUGAGCUCAUCCAGGCUUUGUGGGGCCUUUCUGAGCUGGACCGUUGGCGCGCGGCAUUUGACCGUCUCCAACAGAUGUUUGUUUUAAAGGACGUCCAUUGGCUGCUUCGGAUCCAGACUGAGGAAACACUGGCACACUCUCCUGAGGCUAAAGAGCAACUGGUCGAGCUAUUCAGACAAGCUUCAUUGGAUUGCUAUUAUAUCCCAAUCCUAACAGAGUGGUGCUCCUGGUCGCUCGGUGCUGGCGCUGACUCAGCUCGAACUCACCUUGAAGAAGUAUUACGGCUGGCCGGCCCUGAUCCUCUGUCUGGGAAGCUGUUCUGGGACGCUAAGAGAGAGUUGGAGAAAGCACAGCUUGAAUCUAUGAGCGCCGAUGAUCCUGAUUACAAGAAACAGCGCGAGCGAACGCUAUUCUGCCUCGAAGAGACUGUCUCCAGACCACUACUCAAUGGUGAAGAGGCCUGGCCACACUUCCAAGAGCUAGCCUCCGCUAUGCACGGGCAGGACUAUGUUGACAAGGUCAAGAAGCAACAUGACGCGGCUACAGAGUACUUACAGAAGAUCACGCCUUAUGAGGAUAAACUAUUAACUAUGGAAAAUCCUGAAGAAAAGUGCAAAGUGUAUGAAGAGUACAUAGAAAAAGUGAAAGAGUUGUCACACGAUGAAAAGUACGCUGAUUGUGACAGUAAUGGAAUUCUUAAGGUGCUAUACGACCGGGCUACCUCCGAAUGCAUCAACUGCGAGGGCGCUUACAACCUACUAGUCGCUUGGGCGCGACAAUCGGCCCGACACUCGAGUCGCGCGACUCAGUCGCGCGUUUUAUCCGCGUGCACGCGCCGCCGGCCGAGGCGGGCCACCUUCUGGCUGCUUACUAUGCAGCAGGCGGAACAUGAAGGCAAGGGGGUUGACGAGGUCAAAACAAUCUUCGAAACAGCGCUAUCCAAAGGCAUGGAGUCUUACAAGCAGGCUGAAUCUCUCUGGCUGGGUUACUUGGAAUGCCUCCGCAGAAGUACUGCUUUCGACAACGAACCGGACGUGGAGCGCCUGCGACGAACUUUCAGGCUCGCCUGGGACUCUCUUGCCGAGGCGUGGGGCGAAGAAGCGAACGACUGCGAGGUGCCGUUGUACUGGGCCCGUUUGGAGUACAACCGCAUGAAGGACCCCAAGCAGGGCAAGGAGAUCUUCGAGGAAAUAUUCAAAUACGGCGAAAACAAAACCAUGUCAAAAUACUGGGAGGCGUACAUCAACCUAGAGUCCCACCGACAACCGUCUCUCUCCGAGAACAAACUGCGCGAGCUGCACCGCCGGGCGCUGCGCUUCGUGACCGACUACCCGCCCGCCGCCGCGCGGCUCUGGACCGACUACGAGCGCGACUACGGCCAGCUCGCCACAGCUACCGAGUGCCAACACUUGUGUGAGGCGAAGCUAAAAGAAUGGCGCGAGAGCUACCAAGCGAUGAAAGACAAAAUGACCAACCAAAAGAAAGGGAACAAGCAGCCACAGAAAAAGGGGAAGUUCGACAAAAAGAAAAAGGAGGAUGACAAACCGAAGAAAGGGAAGAGGAAGUCUGAUGAAACCGCGCAGGAUAGCGAGGUUAAGAGGAAAAAGGAUAGCAUGGAAGUUGAUGAGAAGAAAGAGGGUGGUGCUGUGAAACGAGCUCAUGAGGAUGAUAGCAGUGAAGGUGUUGAUAAUAAGAGGCAGCGGAUAGAAAACGCGAAAAGUGCACCAAGGGUUAGCGGCAACGAGGCUUGCACUCUCUUUGUUAGCAAUCUAGAUUACAAUGUAAAUGAGAAGAAUCUCCGCGACAAGCUAUCAGAAUAUGGCGAAGUGGUUUCACUCCGAGUGCGCGCCGGUGUCAAAGCGUUCGGUGGCUCCAUCUGCUACUGCCAAUAUAACACUCCAGAGGCUGUCGACGAGGCUGUAAAACACGACCGCACCCCCCUAGACGGCCGACCGAUGUUCCUCUCCCGAUACUCGGCGUCCAAAACGAAAGGCCCCUUCAAAUAUGCAACCACUGUCGAGAAGAAUAAACUGUUCGUGAGAAACUUACCUUUCUCGCACUGUACGAGAGAGAAGCUCACGGAGAUAUUUGAUAAAUAUGGAAAGCUUAGUGAUAUUCGAGUUGUUACCUUCAAAGACGGGAAACCAAAAGGCCUAGCGUACGUCGAUUACGAAGACGAAAAAAGCGCAGCGGAAGCGGUAGAAAAAGCCAAUGGGUUGCUAGUGGCCGAUAGAAACAUAGAAGUGGCUGUGAGCGCGCCGCCGCCGCGCGCUGACUCUAAACCUGCGUUACUGGGGCAACCUAAAAGGGACACGGGCGGUGGAAUGAGACGAACGCAGCUGAGCAGUUUCAUCCCCAGCGUCCUCCAAAAGGCGAUACCCUCAACGUCCACCUCAUCAGCCAGCGGCUCCAACGGCGCCAACGGACAUAACGAAGCGCGCCCGCUUAGCAAUAGCGACUUCCGGUCCAUGCUGCUUAAGAAGUAGGCUAAGACUUGUAUAGCGUUUUUAUAAAUUAAUAUUUCGAAUAAUGGUUCGUCAUCUUAUUUUCACGGAUGCGUAGUGCGUAAAGUAUCGUGCAAAUAGUUCUACAGCUAUGACGGACGGAUCAUAUUUUCAGAUUUGGAGCGCAUGUAGUGCGAAAUCGCUCUAAGACUUGUAUAGCUGUUUUUUUAUAAAGGAAGGAUGUUAUGUAUAAGAUCGGCUAAGGUUUAAAGGUGAAAAUUAUAGUCUUCGUCACUCAUAAUUAUUCUCUAUAAAUUGUAUGAUGACAUGAUGAUGAGCUAACUUUUGUAACAUUGUCUAAGCGCAUAAUAAUAUUGACAUUAUUGACCGAACCGGAGAACAUUUAAUUUCUCCUGAGUCAUGUCCUUCUAUGGGUCUUAUUUGUGUAACGACACGCGCGGUUAAAGUCUUCAACAUUCAGACUUUUAUGUCUUCAUUUCCAAAUUGAAUUGUAACGUUUUUGUGGAAAUAACAUCUUCUUUUUCCAAAUGUAAGGGAGAGACAUACGGUCUGUAUCGUUUUGCAUGUGUUACGAGAGAUGAAAGUUUUUACUUGAAUGCGGAGAAUAGCCAGUAAGUUUUAUAAGUAAAGUCAAAUGUUUUUUCUAAAGUUCAGUUGAGGUCAAAGAAAUUACGAAUUACGAUUUUCGUGUUUUUAUGUUACGAAAAUUUUACAAGUUGGAUCCUUUAAGCAUUUUUUUAAUACAAUAUGUUUUUGAGGGUUUACCCUUGAAUCGCCGACAGACACUUGUUCGAAUAUUAUUUCAAAGACAACGUUUCAAAUAAUUUCAUUUCAUCGACAGUUCAUAUCAUAGAACAAUCGACACAAGUAAAAUCACACCGUAGACUUUUACUUCGUAGAUAACUUAUUCCGAGUAUACUUUAUAUCGUGGUGUUUCAUUUCGUGUUUUUUUCAUUUCAUUUUGUUUUAGAUUAAAUACAAUUCAUUACGAAUAAUAUUAUUUCAAUUAUGAUUUCUUCUA